AUGAACUCUACAACUGGACAAGGACAAUCAUCAUGCAGAAACCACGAGGAUGAUUUUGGGGAGCCAAUUGCCAUCAUUGGUAUGGCAAUGCGGCUACCAGGCGGUGUUCGAUGUGGAGAUGAGUUUUGGGACAUGCUCGUGAAUAAACGAGAUGGCUUUUGUGAAGCGCCUCCCUCGCGCUGUUCGAGAGAGGCAUCUAGCAGCCCUGAUUGUGGUGAUCUGAGGGAAAUGAAAAAAGGGUUCUUUUUGCAAGAAGAUCCAGCCUGUUUCGACGCCUCGUUCUUUUCUGUUCCUCCCCACGAGGCAGCACGCCUGGACCCCCAGCAACGGCUCUUGCUGGAGGUGGUUUGGGAGUGCCUGGAAAACUCGGGGGAGACCAAGUGGCGCGGUGAGAAAAUCGGUUGUUUUGUGGGCGUUUUUGGGGAGGAUUGGCUAGAGAUAUCGCAUAAAGAUCCCCAGCAUCUGAAUCAAAUAUAUCCCAUCGCCACCGGUAGUUUCGCGCUAGCAAACCAAGUGUCGUAUCGGUUUGAUCUCCUGGGCCCGAGCAUGACUAUUCAAACAGCUUGCUCUUCAUCCUUAGUUUGCCUGAACGAGGCCAGUCAAGCACUUAGGUCUGGAGAGUGCUCAACAGCUCUAGUGGGCGGGACAAGCCUUAUAUGGGGCCCAACCAUGACGGAUGCUAUGACCAAAAACAUGGUCUUAUCACCAAGUGGUAUCUCUCAUACCUUUGAUGCUGACGCAGACGGCUACGGUCGUGGUGAAGGGAUCAACUGCAUAUAUCUCAAACCAUUGCGGGACGCGCUUCGUGAUAAUGACGCUAUCCGUGCCGUCAUCCGCUCCACAGUGACCAACCACGACGGCAAGACACCUAACUUUUCCCAACCAUGUCCUAUAUCCCAAGAGAGGUUGAUCCGGCACGCGUAUCAGAUUGCGGGCAUUGAUGCAAUCCACGAAACACCUGUCUUUGAAUGCCAUGGGACUGGAACAGCCGUUGGCGAUGUCAUCGAAGCAUCAGUUGUUGCAAAAAUGACUCAAGGAGAAGUAACAUAUAUCACCGCGGUCAAACCAAAUGUCGGUCACUCAGAGGGUGCCUCAGGCAUCACCAGCAUUAUCAAAUCCAUUUUGUCACUUGAAAACAAGACCAUCGCACCAAAUAUCCAUUUCAAAACACCAAAUCCCCAAAUUCCAUUCCAAGACGCAAAUCUCCAUGUCCCCCUAGAACCGACUCUGUGGCCUGCUGGCAGACCCCAAAGGAUCAGCGUCAAUUCUUUUGGUAUCGGGGGAUCCAAUGCCCACGCUAUUCUGGAGUCCGCGUCUACAAUCUCUCCAAAGUCUCAGAAUGCAUCGCUUGGAAUUUCUGACCCACAACUUUUGGUCAUAUCUGCACACACUGUAGAAACUCUUCGCAAGCGCAUUGCCCAGAUUGUCGACUAUGUAAAGAAUCACCCCAGCCGCAUACAUGAUCUUUCAUACACUUUGGCUGCGCGAAGAUCGCAUCUUCCCCACCGGGCUUUUGCCGUGGUACAUCCAACUAAAGCCACAAUAGACGAUACGGCAUUUACGAUCUUCAAUACAAGUUCCCCGAGUGUCACCUUUGUGUUCACAGGUCAGGGUGCUCAAUGGCCAGGAAUGGGGCUAAGGCUUCUGUCUAGCUUCCCAAUAUUCAAGGAGGAUAUCAAAAUAAUGGAUGAGGCACUCCAGCAACUGCCUGAUGGCCCAAAUUGGCUAUUAUAUGAUGAACUAAGGCAAGAGAGUUCUAUCUCUCGCAUCCACGAAGCCGAGUUCUCUCAGCCUCUCUGCAUUGCGCUUCAAAUUGGCCUGGUGAACAUUCUUCGGGGCUGGGGAAUCGAGCCAUCCACAGUUGUGGGUCAUUCCAGUGGAGAGAUCGUGGCUGCGUAUGCUGCGCGAGCCAUUUCGAUGAGAACUGCUAUAAUCAUAGCAUACUAUCGAGGCAAAGUCGCAAAGCCGCUAGAAGGCUCAGGUGCUAUGGUGGCUGUUGGCCUCACUCCGGACGAAGUGGUACCGUACUUAACACCUGGAGUGGUUGUUGCCUGCCACAAUAGUCCGCAUAGUGUCACCCUAUCAGGAGAUAAAGACUCGAUUGACCGUGCGAUCAAAAACAUUAAGGCGGCAAAUUCAGAUACACUGUGCCGGCGGCUCACAGUUAAAAUUGCUUAUCACUCUGACCACAUGAAACAGAUUGGCUCUGAAUAUGAACAUUGUAUCUCUCACCAUAUUGAAUAUGAGGAGGCAAUGCUUCCCUUCUGUUCCAGUGUGACUGGCGACACAAUAACCGACCCUCGCAAACUAGAUGCAUCAUACUGGCGACAGAAUUUGGAAUCACCGGUACUUUUUACAGAGGCUAUUCAGAGUCUACCCACUAGCGGAACCCCGGUCUUCCUAGAAGUUGGACCGCACUCAGCCCUCGCCGCCCCUCUGCGACAAAUCUUCCGGAUUCUGUCAGCGAGAUCACCAGUCUAUAUCCCCACCCUAUUCAGAUAUGAAGAGGAUGUCCAAACCCAGCUACUAUGCACAGCGGGACAGGCACAUGCGACUGGUCUGGGAGUCAAUCUGUCAAGCAUAACCGAGCUGGGCAAUACGUUGACUGAUCUUCCACCUUAUCCUUGGCAACACGACCGCCCUUACUGGAGUGAGAGUCGACUGAGCAGGGAGUGGAGGCAGCGCGCGUUUCCUCAUCAUGAAGUCCUCGGUUCGCGGGUUGUCGAUACCACCGAUCAUGAGCCGUCUUGGCGCAAUCUAGUCACGUUGGACAAUGUGUCCUGGCUUUUGGAUCAUUUAAUCCAAGGAGCCGUUACAUUCCCUGGUGCUGGAUUUGUCGCUAUGGUAGGCGAGGCAGUUCAGCAGCUGCAUCCAGACAACGACAGUUAUUCGGUGCGUAAUAUGACAUUUAUAACGCCACUUCUAUUCCAUGAGGGAGACCAGAUCGAGAUGGUAACGAGCCUUAGUCCAGUCGAAGUGGCUGACAGGGUUCCGUCCGGCUGGUACGGUUUCAAAAUCAUGGCGCAUGACGGGGAACGGUGGACGAUGCAUUGCCAGGGUCAAGUAAGAGCAGGGUCCGAUCAUCCUCCAGAGUCAUUCCCAAUCUCUUCCUAUAAGCGAUCCGUCCCAUCUGAAGGCGUGUACCGUGUUCUUCAAAGGAGCGGUAUAGAUUACGGUAGUCAAUUCCAGGGCCUGGAGAAAAUCACAGCUGAUCCCACCGGGCCACGGGCAACUGCGACUGUUUUGGGUAACCGCGGGCUGCCUGGGAGCAGGUAUUCGCUGCAUCCCACGGCGAUUGAUCAAUGUCUCCAACUUAUGGGUGUGGCCUGUUCUCAAGGAUUGCUGCGGCAUCUCACAACAAUUUAUGUUCCAGCUAUGAUAGAUUCCUUGUUUGUUGGAUCAGGGGGUCCGCCUAUGUCAGCAAGCGCCCGUACCAAGCGCGGUACAAGAGAUGGCCAACUGGGCGAUGCCAUUGCAAUGCUUGGCGACAAGGUAGUACUCUCCAUUCAAGGUGCUUACCUUUUCGCCUUGGAAAAUGACAAUAUAGAUUCCGGAACUGGGGUCGCAGGCUCAUUAGCCCACCUUGAGUGGAAAUCGGGCAUUGAUUUCCUGCCUUUAUCAGCACUUCUGUCUACACCACUUGAUUACACAGCGCAGGCCAUGAAUAUCAAAGCCUUGGGCCAGAUAUCCGUACUUUUUGUUCUAGAGACGGCGGACAAAAUUGAAGAUGUUGAACCAGCAUCACCACAUUCCGCAAAAUGGAAGAAAUUCAUCAUAGACGCAGCUUUCAAUAUCAAAACAAGUGGACGGCAAUCCAUCUACCCAGAGUCACCUCAGUGGGCAUUGCUAAGUUCUUCAGACAGACAGGAAAUGAUACGGAAGGUGUUAGCGGAGACCAAGUUUACCUUUGAUGCUCCACUUGUGGAUUGCACCCAGGUCGUCUUCGAUAACUGCAUAGCAUUCACAUCUGGAGAAAGUAACCCACUGGAGGUCCUCGUGAAGGACAACUUGCUGCACAAGUUCCACGGUGCACACACACAGUAUGCUGAUUGGAAGCCCUUCCUACCGCUACUCUGCCAUUCCAAUCCCGGACUACGAAUACUUGAGAUUGGUGCAGGUACCGGCUCUGCAACUGCCAUGGCUCUAGAGCUUCUGAAAUCCCCCAGUGGGGAGCGAAUGUAUAGUCAAUAUGUUUUUACUGAUAUAUCGUCGGGAUUUAUGGCUGCGGCAACGGAGAGAUUUGGCCAUGAGCAGGGCAUGGAAUACAAAGUUCUUGAUAUCACCCUAGAUCCUCUCGAGCAAGGGUUUGAUGCUCAUAGCUUUGACUUGAUCAUCGCUUCCAAUGUUCUCCACGCUACCCCUAGUCUUCACCCCGCACUAUGUUAUGUGCAUCUUCUCCUGAAGCCCACCGGCCGCUUCUUACUCCAUGAGAUCUGCCCGGAAAUAUUAACUGCGAAUUUCACUAUGGGUGUAUUUCCCGGCUGGUGGUUGGGGGAGGAUGACGGCCGAUCAGACCAACCAUAUAUUUCACCCGAGCGAUGGGAUCGGGAGCUACGAGCUGCAGGUUUCACUGGAGCUGAUGUGAUAGCUUAUGAUCACAAGCCGCCCUAUCAUGUAUCUGCCAGCAUGUUGUCACGACCGGUGGACGAGAUCACCAUUCCUAACGAUAUCUGGCUGCUAAAAAGUAAUUCUACCCCGUGCGAGUGGGCGAGUGAUGUCGAGUUGCAGGUCCGUGACAAAGGCUAUAUCACUAACUGGACCACCCUGCACGAAACUCCACCCCAAGGAAAAUUCGUCGUGUCUCUGCUGGAUCUUCAAGGAGCCCCAAUAGGUUCCCUGCCGAAGGAUGACUACGAGGUAUUCCAACGCUACAUAGAGCAAGCGCAAGAAUGCCAAAUCCUGUGGGUCACGCAGUCAACUUCCCACACCUGCUCUGAUCCAAUUUUUGGCUUCAUCCAUGGGCUCGCCCGCACUUUACGGGCAGAGCUGUUGCUUGAUAUUUCAAUUCUGGAGGUUCCCGCCUGGGACACGGCUAGCGCAAAGGCCGUUGUACAGGUGUGUGAGAAGAUACAAAGAUCUCGCGCCCAGUCCCUUCCUGAUCCAGAGUAUGAGUUUGCAUUGCACGAAGGCGAGAUUAAGGUCGGCCGGUACCACUGGACACCUCUCGUCGAGCAGCUCGCAAGCCCACCUCGUUCGGAUUCGUCUCGAAAGUUAGCUCUCACGACAUAUGGACUGUUAGAUACCCUACACUGGGCAGAGAAAGAGGCAUCCUAUGAGUUGAAUGAGGAACAUGUUGAAGUUGAGAUGGACUACGUAGGAUUGAACUUCAAAGAUAUGAUGGUUGCAAUGGGCUUUUUCGGGAAUAAAGAGGAUCUCGGGCUCGAAGGUAGUGGUAUUGUGCUUCGAGUUGGAGCCGAUGUGACGGAUAUCACAGUGGGCGACCGUGUAGUCUUGAUGCAUUCUGGGGUCCUGGCCUCAAACGUUGUAGUACCCCAUGAAGCUUGUAUAAAGCUGCCACAGGGGUUGUCGAUGGCAGAUGCUGCCACUAUGCUAACAGCCUACGUCACUGUUCUCUAUUCACUGCUUGAAAUUGGCGCUUUGAAGAAGGGCCAGUCGGUGCUCAUUCACUCUGCAUGUGGCGGGGUUGGACUAGCUGCUCUUCAAGUAUGCCAGGCCGUUGGUACCGAGAUAUAUGCUACUGUCGGCAACGAAAAAAAGGUAGCCCAUUUGAUGGAACAUUUUGGUUUACCUCGAGAACGAAUAUUCAACUCUCGCAACACGUCCUUCCAACCGGACCUUAUGCGUGCCACCGCUGGAAGGGGAGUUGAUGUAGUGCUCAAUUCAUUGUCCGGUAACUUAUUACACGCGUCGUGGGAAUGCGUUGCGAAGUUCGGUCGGAUGGUUGAAUUGGGAAAACGUGACUUCAUAAGUCAUGGCAUGCUGAAUAUGAGCCUCUUCGAAGCCAACCGAGCAUUUUUCGGUGUUGACCUCGCACAGGUUUGCAAGGAGACUCCAAAAAUUCUCAAAAGCACCCUGGCAACAUUUUCUGAUUGGUAUCGUCAAGGGAAAAUCGGGCCUAUCAAACCUGUCAAAGUCUUUGAUGCAAUCGAUAUCGUCAGUGCAUUCCGGUACAUGCAAGCCGGCACUCACCUAGGUAAGAUUUUGGUGCGUAUGCCAACCUCCGUGGAGAGUUUGCCUCCUCCUGUUGUGAAAACAUUCCCGACAUUCCGAUCUGAUGCCGCUUAUCUGCUGAUUGGUGGGCUUGGUGGUAUUGGGCGAUCUGUGUCAACAUGGAUGGUUGAGCAGAAUGCGCGAGAGCUUAUUUUCCUCUCGCGGUCAGCUGGAAAAUCUGAGGAGGAUCAAGCAUUUAUUCAGGAACUUGAGACGCAGGGUUGCCAAGUCAUUUGUGUCCCAGGCAAUGUGACGAAUCUCAAUAAUGUAAAGGAGGCUGUUGCCACAUGCACGCGGCCCCUUGCUGGUAUCCUCCAGAUGGCAGUUGACUUGAAUGAUCGGCUCUUCUUGCAGAUGAGCCACGAGGAGUGGGAAGCCGCCUUGGCGCCGAAAGUUGCCGGAACCUGGAACCUGCAUCAUGCCACAUUGAAACACUCACUCGAUUUCUUUGUCGUGUUUGGCUCAAUUGCUGGCGUAUGUGGUAACACUGGCCAGGCCAAUUAUGCAGCAGCAACUACGUUUUUGGAAGCAUUUACUCGGUAUCGACGGCAGCAGGGACUCCCUUCUUCUAUCUUGCACCUCGGAGUGGUUGGAGAUGUAGGUGCUGCAAGUCGCAACUCACGGUUCCUCCAGAGAAUACAAUCGAUCGGGCUGCAUGUGCUCCAUGAAGGGGAAGUGAUUGACGCACUCGCCGCAGCGAUCAACAUAUCGCCGGUCAGUGGUUCUAAUGCGACUGGAGCAAUGGCAAUGGGACUCGCGCACACGAGGCGUCGCGCCGAUCUACCCAAGGAAAUAUUCCUUGGUGGACGGGACGCUCGAUUUUCGAUUUAUCCCAACCUUGAGUCUACUAGUGAUGGCAUUGGCGGGGACUCGUCAUCUCAUGCAAAUGCGCUGAAGGCCCUCCUUGCUCAGAUACAAGCGGACCCCUCGCUGACGGGCAAAAAAGAGACUGAGGUCGCCUUGAUGAAGGAACUCGGCAAGUUCAUCAGCCAUAAUCUUACAGGGCAGACGCAGGAGGAAGGACCAGAUUCUGCAGACGAUACUGAGGCAUUAGCGGGCAUGCCAGUGGACUCCCUCAUGGCGAUAGAGGUUAGAAAUUGGCUACGGAGGUCAUUGGGCUUGGAGAUUCCUACAGUGGAAAUCAACAGAGCAGGGACAUUGGGAGGUUUGGUGAAGGUUGUUUUGAAGGGACUUGGGGAGAAAUAUGAUCAGCGUGCUACCUAA